AUGCAUAAUAGCAUUGUACAAAAAAUAAUUAUUUGUUUCCUGGUUAAUUUUUACCAAUUUGGAUAUUCUUACGUUCCUCGUGAUAAUCAUCAAUCACAUUCCCAUCCAAAUAAGCAAAAAAAUACAAAAAGUGACAUCGAGCGAUACAAAACUCUUGUCGGAGUAAAGAAUGGACCUAUAGAUGUGGUAGCACUUUUAGAAUUGUUUUACGAUAGCACGACAGAUUACCAGUGUGCGCUAUCCAUCUCUGUGGGUUCGUUAUAUCAACUCGAGCGUAAUAAUCCGAUAGGACCUUCGGGAGCGGGUUUCGGUUUGGCGUCCUAUAUUUCCGUUGCUAGGCUUGAUUUGCGUUUGAAUUCAGCAACCAUACUCAACGACAUUUUUGUGAGGCUAAUGCCUAUAUACGAUAAACCAGUAAACGACAUCAAUUUGGAAAAGGCGUUGAAUCUUGCCAAGAUAGAGUUCGAAAAAUCGGGCAGGUGUCAUUCAAUCAAACAAAUCUGGAUUUAUCUUUCCGAAACAUCGAUUGGAAAUCCGGAGGAUCUAGCCAAAACUCUACGAGAAAUGGGAAUCGAGAUAUUUGUCUUCGCUAUUGGGCCUAGGGUUAACCGUAAGCAAAUAGAAGCAAUAGCCUCGUCACGUGAUCAUAUAUUCUGGUAUCCGAGUUAUUGUGUCGCCCGACAAUCUCUAGUAGAAUUUAUCAACAAAAAAUUUCUCUAA